AUGACGACGCCUCCCCACCACCUUCCAACGGCUGCUUCCGAAGGGUUCAAGGACGCUAGCGCGUACGAUGCUUACCGACCAUCGUACUCAUCUGAAGCCGUGGACAGGUUUCUGGCACAUCUCAAGAUUGCCGACCGAGCCAAUGUAAACGUUGUGGAAAUUGCGUCCGGGACCGGAAAGUUCACCGAGCUGCUCGCUGAGAGGCACGAAAACUACAACGUCCUUGCCACUGAGCCUCUCGAGAGCAUGAGAGGCCAAUUGGUCGCAAAGAAGCUAAGAAACGUUACGGUCCUGGACGGCCAUGCAGCGAAACUGCCCGUCGACGAUGGAUGGGGGGACGCAUGCAUCGCCGCCCAAUCAUUCCAUUGGUUCGCCACCGGGGAGGCGCUCAGGGAGAUACGCCGCGUCCUGAAGCCUAAGGCUGUAUUUGGCAUGAUAUGGAACAUCGAGGACUACAACAAGCCGAAGUCGUGGAAGGCGACGACCUCGUGGGAAGCCAAGCUGAACGAAUGGAUCUGGUCCAUAGCAACAGACGGCCUGCCCAGGUUCCGCGACGAGGCCUGGCAAAACGUGUUUGCCGACCAGCUCAAGUUCAACCCAUUCCAGAUCCUGAAAGAUUCCUUGACUGACGGGCUGCCUAGGUUCUCGCUUCCGCUGGGCGAGGACUCGGUGAAAUGGACGGUCUGGCUCUCGGAGGAUGCUCUGUGGGCCCGCAUCAACACCCUGAGCCAGGUUGCCAUCCUCAAGGGGGGAAGGAGGGAGGAAGGCAUUAGGACGUUCAAGCAGGCACUGCAGUCCGAUGACGUGGAGAGAAACGAAAAAGGCCAGAUUGCCCUUCACGGUGUGACAUACUUCGCUUGGACAGAUAGGAUAUGA